AUGUGCGUGGACGGCAGUGGAAAUGUGUACGUAACAGGCAGUUCUAACAAUCGUGUACAACGUUGGGCGCCUGGUGCCACUUUCGGAACGACAGUAGCCGGCGGAAAUGGUGUAGGAUUGGGUGCAAAUCAAUUGCGUGGUGCCACUACAGUUUCUGUGGAUUCAAGCAAUAAUUUAUGGGUAUGUGAUGCCUCCAACAAUCGAGUGAUGAAAUAUGCAGCAGGAUCAACCAGUGGUACCGUUGUAGCGGGCUUAAAUGGAACAUAUGGAAAUGCAACAAAUCAGCUAUAUUUUCCGUACGCAACCUACCUGGAUUCUAAUCAAAAUUUAUAUGUCGCAGAUGAUGGCAAUGCUAGGGUGUUAAAAUUCUUGCCAGGAAACUCAAACGGAAUAAUAGUAGGGGGCGGUUAUCCAUAUAACCAUUCUGGAGCAACAGGCUGGUAUGGAUUAACAGUUGAUGACCAAGGUUACAGUUAUACAGUUGGUGCUUAUAUGAGAGUAGAACGAUGGGCGCCAAACGGAACAUUAGACCAAAUAGCUAUAGAUUAUAAUUACUCCAAUCCAUAUGCCGGAUUAGUUUCACCAAAAGCGGUAAUACUCGACUCACAGGGUAAUUUAGUUGUUGCUGACAGCUGGGGAAUAUUAAAAUUCGACAUUGAAUGUGGUACUAAUUUAACAGCAACAGCAACAUUAUCAUCACCAACAACAAGUAUGCGCCGUGCUUCUAGUAGCUCAAGUCUAGGAAAUAAUAGUUCAACAACAGCAACAUUAGCAUCAUCAUCUUCAUCAACAGCUCCAGCGACAACGGCUUCGUCUAGUGACCAAAAUAAUAGUAGCAAGGGUUGCUUUUCUGUCGACAGUGCAGUUAAAAUGUUUGAUGGUACUUACAAAGAGAUAGCCAAACUUCAGCCAGGAGAUCGUGUUGCAGCACCGAUGGAUAGUAGUGACGAUGGUACAGAUAUUGUUCUUAUGCUUGAUAGUGAAUCGAAUAAACAAGUUCCAUUCUAUACAAUUGAAGCUGAAUGCGAUAAAAAAUUAAGUUUGACUUCCAAUCAUUUACUUCCAAUACGAUCAUCUGACAGUAUGAUUUAUAAACUAGCUAAAGACAUUAAAGUAGGAGAUUUUGUGUAUAAUGAGCAAUUAAUACCAACAGAAGUUCGAAAUAUAACAAUAGAAAUAAAAACUGGAUAUUAUGCACCAAUGUCAGAAUCAGGGAUGUAG